AUAGUACGGUUAUUUAUUGUUUUGAACUUAGAUUGUGUUAAUAUUACAGGCAUUUAGGAAAAGAGUAAAACCCCAUCUAUGAUAGAAGCGAAAACAUUUUUAAAAAAAUCAACCCCGCCCGCGUGAUCUGAACUGACAGCUGUACAAACAAACCUUCUCCCCUGCCUUCAAUAAAGGAACUAGUGGAAAGCAGACGCGUCUUUUUCUCUGCAACAAGAGUCAAGACGUGUUAGCAAUAACGUCUUUUUAAGCGUUUUUCUGUUUCUUUUGUGGUGGGUGAAGAACGGCUCCGGUAUGACAGAGAACUGCAGCUUCCAGAACCAGCUGCUGUCCGUCAUGGAGGUCCUGGCCAAGGCUGCUGUGGCGGAGAUAGACCGGCGCGUGGAUGACUGCUGCGCGGUGCUCCGGCUGGAGGUGAGCCAGAGCCGGAGGGACAUCGAGCUGCUGAAGACCAAAUGCGAGGGGAUGGAGGCAGAGCUGAGGAGGAGCAGGAUGAGGGCCCGGAGGAAAGUGUGGAGCGCUCCUGCAGAGGAGAGGCUCUCCGCUUCUGUCACGGAAGUUUCUCGAACAGAGAGACGCGAGGAGGCGGAGCCUCAGAACCACCUUCACCAGUGUGCAAACCUGGAGGAACCUGCCAACGAAAGUGAGCGCGUGCAGGUUAAAGAGGAGCAUGCGUGGAGGAUGGAGGACGAACAGACCUCUGGAUCAGAGCAACUGUCGUGUUGCAUUGCCGCCGCACACGUGGCUCAGACUGAAGGUCGUCCUGGAAGCUUUCCAUCACCUGAACGUCUACCCGACUCUGAAUCCUCAGCAGGCCUCGGCACCUUUCCAGACCAGCAGCUACACAGCCACCACGACCAGGCAGAGGUCAUCUUGAAACAGGAGAAGGUGGAAGAGCAUGAAGAGGGCGGCGCUCCCUUCGGUCCGGCCUGCUCUUUUGUUCGUGUGGAAGCUGAAGCCGACCUGUGGCCCGCAGAUUUGUGCAGAGAUGCUGCCGUUUCCUUCUCUGGGCAGCACAUUGAGCAGAUUCCCAACACGUUUGCUCCUCAAAGCAGCUUCCGUGUGGAAAAAAUUCACUCAGCAGAGAAAUCUCACGCCGUUUUGUUGAGUGCAGCCAGGGUGAAGCGCCGAGCUAGAACGUUUGGAUACAGGAGACCCCCUCUGGAGGAAGCACACGGUGUUUCUGGGAAAUAUUCCAUGGAUGCAGGCCCGACUCCUCAUCCGUCAGAGCAUUCGUACAGAGACAACCCGGCUCUGGCGGCCCCCAGCCCCUCCGGGUCCCACUGCAGCCGCAGCAGCUUCAGCCUGGUGAGGAGGAUGAGGACGCCCUGGAGGCCCGGCGUGGGCGAGAAGAGGUUCAGCUGCACCUACUGCGACAAAGGCUUCACCAGGUUCAGUCAACUCAAAGAGCACCUGAGGUGUCACACGGGGGAGAAACCGUUCAGCUGCACGCAGUGCGGUCGCAGCUUCACCAAACAGUGCAACCUGAUCAGACACGCGGUGGUCCACAGUGGGGAGAAGCCCUACCAAUGCUCGCUGUGCGGGAAGUGCUUCACGCAGCGCUCCAGCCUGAAAUCCCACCAGAAAACCGUGCACUAGCAUUCAUGCCUUCCCCCAGAACUUUAUUUAUUUGGCUUUGUGGUGUGUUAGACGUUUGCUGUCCCACAACGGGAAAUGGAUUUGAAAGAGACUGCAAGUCUCACAUUCAUUAGGAGCCAUGUAAGUGGAUUCACGGCUGUGCAUUUGAAAGCAACAACAGUGUCAAUGGAACUGCAAAGGGUUUCUAUCAUCUUAAAAAUUGUACAAAAUUUAGAUCCUUGGUAGAAAUCUCUGUAUGCUGGGCACCAAGUUGCAGACUAAAGUGAGACAUUCCUCAACUUUAAGAACGUUAAAAACCUGUUCAGCUCUCUUACGUUUGGUUUUUAAAUGUCUGUCAUCACCAAGGGUAUUUGAUUUUUGGUUGAAACAUGUCCAGAAACAACAAGAUAAUUGGAACCAGGGUCAUUCUUUAUGUAACUGCUUGUUUUUUAAAUCAGUUACUUCGUUGUUUUGUAAAAUGUUCUAGUUUGUCGUUUGCAGUGAAUCUAAGACAGAAAUGUUUAAAUCUAACUAAGAUGAAAUUGGAGCUAAUUCAUUGAUGCUUCCUUUAUUGUUGAAAUGGUUGAAUUUGUUCAAAAAUAGGUAAUCUGCUUUAUAAUCGGGUACGGCGUAAGUCAUUGACAGUAAAAUAGUAAACUAAAAAUACUUAUUCCUACUUAUUACACAGUAAAUGAUAUGAAUUCUGGUUACUGGUAGUCUUACUGACCUACAAUUGAUUUUCUGUAGUAAAUGGAGCAAAAAAAUCUGUCAAAAUGUUUGACUUUACCUACGAAGCUGCACAGCUUGAUAGAUUGCUGUAGCAUUAUGGGUACUGUAGUCAGGAGCACGGCAGCGUGAUGCAUACUGUCCAUCACUGUUUGGGAACGAUUUAGAGUUCUUUUACUUUUUUAAAUGUACUACUUGCUCACUUUUCACUUUAGUUACUUGUUAAAAUGUAAAAAGCUUAGUAUUUUUCUUUAACCAGAGAACCACAUGUGGCUCCGGAGCCUCAGGUUCAGACCCCUUCUUCUAGCUUUCUAAACAAAACAAACUUGAAUCUCAUUUAAAUGGAGCUGUAAAAACAAGCAAAAUAAAGCAAGAAAGACAUUUUUUCCAACCUAAAAUCUGUCUCACUUCCAUGAUGUUUGAAGGUCAAAUGAGAUCUAGAAUUGAUAGAAACAAAACUAACUUGGAAUACUGAAAAAAACUGCUUUGAUGACUUCCUGCUGUAUAAUAUCAUAAAUACAUUUAUUUCUUCUU